GCGGGCCGUUUGACGCGGCCGCGGCAGCGUGGAUCAACCGGACUUCGACGUCGAAAAGGAGAGAAGGUAACUCCUUAAAGUGAAGUUGCCCCCGUCGGGAGGAACAGUUUGCCCCUCGAGGUCCAAACCGUCUGAACAACCGGAGAAAUGACCGACCUGUACGUUUCCGUGGCGGUGUUGGGAGCCGCGGUGCUCCUCAGCGAGGCGACCCGCCGGGCGGCAGCGCGUCUUUCGCCCGGAGCUUAUUGGAUCUACCUGCUGGAAGCGGCGUCCACCUUCCAGCUCUGCAGCUGCACUCACGAACUCAAACUCCUGGGCGAAGCUGCCCGGCUGGGGCUGCCUGUCGCCCUCGCCUUCACCUACACCAUGACGGUCAUCCACCUGAUAACUUUCCGGGAGGCGACGUGUAACCCCGGCGGGGCUCUGGAGAGCGUUUGCCGCGGGACCAGAAGCGUCCGAGCCGCGGUCGUCGUGAUAGCCUGCCAGUUCGCCGCCGCGGUCGCCGCGCAGUACUUCGCCGCGUCCGUGUGGUCGCUGGGCCUUUCCGACGUCCACAUCAGGCACCAGAGGUUCGGGUUCCGGUGCUUCGACCCCCUCGGUGGGACUUUACUGGAGGCCGCUGCCGUCGAGCUGGCCUGCGCUUUCGUUGUCCAAGCUGCGGCCAUGCAUGUCCACAAGCUGGACGAAGUACUUCGCGCUCCGUUCAUCGCCGCGGUCAUCACCGCUGUGGUUUGCACAGGUGGAAGUAUUUCAGGAGCUGUUUUUAACCCCGUCCUGGCCUUCUCCGUCCAGUUCCCCUGCAGCGGCCACACCUACCUGGAGUACUGCUUCGUGUACUGGCUGGGACCAGUUUUAGGCAUGGCGAGCUGCAUCCUGCUGUUCGAGAAGAUUAUCCCUUUCCUCUCUGGAAAGAGUACGAUUGGGCUGGAGGUCCCUGCUGCCCAGAAACAGAAGACACAGUAGCAGCGUUUUUAGUUUCCCUUUUGUCAUUAACGCCUAAAGAAGGCUGCACGGGAAGUCCACUUAUAACUUGUUCAUGUGCCAUAGCCUGGAGUCCCUGUUGUCACACAAACACUUUUACUGUAAUGUGAGUUCACCUUGUCAACGACCGCACAAUGAUUGCAACGUAAUACAUAUUGAACAUUUGUAGGCUUUUUCGUUGUAGCACAAAGAGGACCAGGACUUCUGGAGCCGCAGUUGAAGGAAAAACGACGGUGUCCGUUGUUAAUUUAACGUAUAAAUCUGCUUUGAACUAGAAACAAAGACUCAUUAUAGAACUAAUUUAACUUUUCCUUCCUAGUAAUAGCUGCCUGUAUGCAUCCAUGGAUACGAUGCAGAGACUUCUAAUAAUAGUGGCAAUUGUCCAAAAUGUAAACAAAUAGAGAGACUCGGGUUGCAGACCACAGCUAACUCACUCAUUAUACUCUUAUUAUUAUGCUACCUACCCAUCACAACAUUACGUGAGACGCCAGCAACAGUUGGAAGCACUUUUGUCGCAAGUUUGAAUGCAAACAAAUUAACCAAAGCUCACAGAGAGAAUUAGGGGAAUAUAAAUGUUUAAUAUGACAUUACAACCUCUUAAUUUUACGUAUUUUCUCUAUGAAUUUAUGAAACAGCACAGAUGUUUGGUGCUUUGGUUUGUUUUUAGUUGGAUUAAUGUGGGUGUAUUGUGCAUGGUUGUGAAAGCGUCACACGUUCAGAUGUUUGUAACUACACCAAAAUGUUGCUGGCACACUUUUAUAAUGUAAAAAAAAACAAAUGGGUCAAAGGAGACAUUAUUUAAAGUUUCCUUUUUUCCCCUCUUAAGUUUGGAUGACCAAAGCUUUUUACUGCCGAAUCUUUUCCUGCAUAAAUCACGUCUGACUAUGUCGGUUAAGCUGAUCAUUUAUCUCGGACAGAGAGUUAAAAGUAUGCUUGUGUAAUGUUUGUGUUGGAUCUUUUUUUUUCUGUAAACAACGGACAAAUUAAUUUACAACUUUAUUACCUCUGGAGUCUGGAUGAAGAUGAGUUUUUUUGUUUCUCAGAGGGAUACUAGUGACUCUUAAGAAUGUGAAGCUUAAUGUAGCCUGUGUGUUUUUCAACAAGAGGUUUUGUAUAGUGUUGUAAUUAAACUCAUUUCUAAUAAUCAUGUGUGAAAUAUUUUGAUUAAAAACGUAUAU